UACCAAUAGUUAAGAUAUAAGUUACUCAAAUUUAUGAGGAUAACACUAAGUUCCUACUACCUAGUAUUACAUAUCUUAAAAAGUGAAUUAAAUAAAUAAGCAAAAGAUGUUGUCAUUACUGACAAACAAUUUACUGAUUUGUCAUUUAUCAAUGUUAUAAAAUAUACCUAAAAAGAUCGAUUUAUUAAAAAUAGAUUUUACGUAAUGACAUAUUAUUACAUAAAUUUUACGUUACAUAUGUACUGAUAUGUACCAAUAUAUUUUUUAAUCGUGACAUUAAGAAGAAUACAACUCUAAUUUCUUAGUUAUGAACCUUUUAACUCAUGUUAACACUUUAGAAAUUCAAGCAUAUCUCGCAUAUCUAUCGAAGAUAAACAUGGCAAAGAAUUUGUUGUCAGAACAAUUUUCCUUGAAGUGGAACAAUUUUUCUAAUAAUUUAACAUCUGGGUUUCUAAGUCAUCUUACUGAAAAUGAUCUAGUUGAUGUUACACUUGCAGUGGAAGGUCAACUGUUACAAGCACACAAACUGGUUCUGUCAGUAUGUAGUCCAUACUUUAAAAAUAUAUUUAAGGAAAAUCCUUGUCAACAUCCAGUAAUUAUACUUAAGGACAUGAAGUAUACUGAAAUUGAGUCAUUAUUGAAAUUCAUGUAUCAAGGUGAAAUAAAUAUCAAUCAAGAAGAUUUAUCUACUUUCCUAAAAGUAGCACAAACAUUACAGAUAAGAGGACUCACAACAGAAGAUACAAAUAGCACAAAAUCGUUCCCUAGUUGUGAUAUUCAAUCAGAUAUUGAUUGUAAUAUACAAAAUGUUGCUCAAUCAAAUUUAAGUACAAUAAAUAGAACUUCCAAAGAAAUAGAAACGAUAGAUAGAAGAAAGAGAUCCCAUGACAUAACAAAAAAAAGUUACAAAAGAAAAAAACAAGAUAUGUCCUUAACAGCAGAAAAUAUUCAUGAUCUAUCUAAUGAGAAAGUGGAUAAUGAUAAUCAAGAAGUUUUGUUUUUGACGACUGACACAAACAAUGAGACAAAUGAAAUUGUAGAUGAGGAAGAAAAUAUUAAUAUUCCUACCAUAAAAAUCAAUGAUAAUAAUAAAAGCGAUGAUAGCCCUUUGCUACCUUUUCCCUUGAAUACUGAAAAUUCAAGAGAAAAUUCAACUCAGCAAGAUGUUGAACCAGUAAUUUACAGGCUUUCUGCACGAGGUCGACCACAAUUAGUGCAUGAGGGUUAUGUUUAUAAUUUGACUUCUCGCUCUGAGGGUUUGAAUAGGUCUCAUUAUAGGUGUGCUGAACAGCAUCGUGGUUGUAAAGGUAAAUGUGCGGUUAUUGCAGAAAGAUUUAUGCCUACAGGUGUACAUGAUCAUAAUCACCCACCUGGGUAUCAAUCAGAACAUGAUUACAGAAAAAAGAAAGGUUUAGAUGUAGAUACUCCUUAAAUCAUAAAUAUUUUAAGCUUGUAAACAGCAUUUUAUCAUAUUUUUAUUUUGUUACUGAAACUUUAGUAAAAAUGAAAAGUUCUUUCCAAGUAAUAUUGGCAUAUAGUAUGGCAUAUAACAGUAAUUCUUCAUAGAAAAGAAGCAUACAGUUAGGAAAUAUUCAUUCGCUGUGCAAUUUUAUAAUGAUAAUAAAAAUUUAGUACAUUGCAAUAUUGCAAAAAUUGUACAUUUAUAACUAUACAUAACAGUAACAUAACAAGCCAAUGUGGUAUAUGGACCACUGUAUUUCAAUAAACUGUGAUGCACUUUUUUGCGAUAUAUAUAUAUAUAUAUAUAAAGAAAAACAAUAUAAAAUAGGUGAUGAGUACAUUCCAUUUAGUAUUAUAUUUAAUUUUCAUUAAAGCCAAAUAAAAGUAUUUAAUUUAUGUUAGUUGUUUACAUAUAGACUACUAUUUGUCGUGUAAUAAAUAUAAUUUGUUUUUAUAAAUACAUAUAUGUGUAUAUAUACGUAUGUACAUAUGAAAUGAAUGUUUUGCUUACUUACAUUUAAGUUGUAUAAAAAUAAUUUUUUUCUAUCUUAUCACAUAGAAUAAUAACUUUAGUAAUAUAUAAAAUGAAUUAAUCCAAAAAUUAGAGAUUGGAGAUAGAGAAGUCGUUAACGAGAUAUAAAACAUUAAAAAUUAUAAAAAGUUUAUUUUUAUAUUACACUUCAUAAACUUCUUUUCUUAGAUACAAAAAUUGCCAAAAUUAAUGUGAUAGUGUUCAUAAAUAUUAUUCAAUUUGUAAAAAGUUGACCUUAUAAUUUAUGUAAAAGUUUAUAAAUUUAUAAGUGGACAUGAAAAUAAUCUGUUCAUAAACAUAAAAAAUGUAGGAAACAAUGCAGGCUAAGACAAAAGUAAAAAGCAGUCUUGUUUCACAAUGUUGCUCAACUUUAUCCUACACCCAUUAAAUUUUUUAAUAUUUAUUCAAAAUGAAUGCUUAUUUCUAUUCAAAAUGUUAAUGCCGUCUAGCCAUCUUUUUUUCCAACUUCCGUUGUUUCUUCUCAUUAAUCUCAGGUUGCUCUGGAGUAGAGGCAAAAAGCCAUGGAGCUAAUAUUUCUUUCCAUAUCAUCCAACCUCCCCUGAAUGGUACCUGUUGUAAUAAUACAAAAUAUUUCAUAAACUAUUUAAACAUUUUAUGUAUGCUUUAACUCAAAAAUCGUGAGGAAAUUGUACGAAAGUUAUUUUAAAUUGUUUUGUAAUUUAUGACGAGUCAGUGUACUAUUUUAUAUUUCUAUCAUUUACUAAAUAUACUUACAAGAAGCCAUAACAACCAAAAGUAAUUUGAUAUAAGAGAGAGUACUUGUACUCCUGAAGUUAAUAUAAUUAAAUCUUUUACAUGUCUGAAAUAACAUUAAAAUGUCAUUAUAUUUAUCAAAGCUGUUACAGUCUAAUAAAGUGUUAUAUUAUUUGAAGAAAUCA